CUCAUACCUUUAGUCAAGCUAAAUGACUUGAAGGAGUACAGGUAGAACUGAUUUCAGAACAGAUACUACUCUUUAAAAGGUUUUAUACUUUCCGGUUGUGUAUACGGAACUGAAUGAGACGGUGUCGCGUCUUAAAUGUGACAUACAUUCUGCGUUGUUGAAAGGUUUGUAUAGCUGAACAAUGUCUGAAGGCAGUUCGUUUAUGAAAGGGAUGAUUCUAGGGGGCAUAUUUUGCCUAGUGAUGUCUCUGUUUGGAACUUUUAGUCCAGGACUUCACUCAAAGUUUGAUGAGCAUCUCCACCAUCAUCUGAAACCUGUCAGCAAAGAUGAACUACAAAAGUUAUCUGAGGCUCAGAUGUCUGACCUCACCCAGCAGGUUCGAGUAUACUGUCUCAUUAUGGUCACCCCCAAGCUCCUGGUUUAUUGGGCGACAGCCAACGACACGUGGAGCAAACACUGUGACAAAUCUGUGUUCUACACCUCAGAGUUUUCCAAAGCUCUAGAGGCACUGGACCUACAGGAACAGGACGAGUGGGCAAGGCUUCGCAAAGCCAUCAAACAUGCCUUCGAGAAUGCCGGAGACCUGCGCUGGUUCUUUGUGGCACGGCCCACCACUUUUGCAAUUAUUGAGAACCUCAAGUAUUUGGUAUUGGAUAAAGACCCAAGCCAGCCCUUUUACAUUGGCCACACUGAAAAGUCUGGAGAGCUGGACUACGUGGAAUAUGACGGUGGGAUUGUGUUUAGUUUUGAGGCAGUGAGGAGGCUGGUGGAGAUGUUCAAAGAUGAGGACAAAUGCCCAGAGAGAGGUCGUGCCUUGUGGAAGAUGCCUGAGGAGCAGCAGCUUGCCACCUGUCUUAAGUACAGUGGGGUGUUUGCUGAAAAUGGAGAGGAUGCACAAGGUAAAGGACUUUUUAACAAGAAAAGCAUUAGCACCUUGAUUUCUGACAGCAUGAACCAAAACCCAGCCGAUGUUGUGGAGGCGUGUUGUUCUGACAUGGCUAUCACGUUCGGUGGCAUGUCUGCGAGCCAGAUGCAGGUCAUGAUGUAUGGCGUCUACAGACUUCGACCGUAUGGACAUGACUUCCAUGAUUCUUUGACAUUUUUGCCUCCUAAAAACUCAGACAAUGACUGAUUCAUUUCAUGAUUACUGUAUUUGGACUAUUACUGUUCUACACAGAUCAAUUCAAGGAAUGUUGAUUAAAAUGGGUAUUUUAUAAACUGGAUGCAGGGCUAAAUUAGCUUUAAUGUGAAGUAUGUACUUUAUUUCCGAUUAUGUGCUUUGAAGGUUGGUGUUUGGUAUUCAAGAUGAGCAUAAUUUAAACAUGGGGGCCCAUACUGGAUAAUUUUGCGCACAUAGGAGUAUUUUUAAUUAAAUAAGUCUUUGAUUUCGAAAGGCACAAAGGAUCAAAUAUGCACUGUGAUGCCAAAUGAAAUUCCAGCUGUUUUAAAAACUUGCUUUUAACAAUAAUAAUAAUAAAAAUGUAUAAGAUACAAGAACAUGUUCAAUGAGUACUGUAUAUAAUCUACUUCUUAAUUCUAAGCUGUUUUAAUUAUAACAUUUUCUUUUUUUAAAUGAGGGAUUAGCUGGGAGUUAAAUCAUGAGAUCUAAAGGCUUUCAGAACAUGUGAUGUGAUUAUUUUGAUGAACUUUUAAAUGAAGUAUGUUUGGAUGUAGUUUGUCAAGCAUUGAAAAAGCUAUUUCCAUUACUUAUUUACAGUGAAGAGCAAAAGUUAAAAAAACUUCAUACACCGAUCAGCCACAACAUUAAAACCACCUGCAUAAAAUUGUGUAGAUCCCCCUCAUGCCGCCAAAACAGCGGCAACCUGCAUCUCAGAACAGCAUUCUGAGAUGCUAUUCUUCUCACCACAGUUGUACAGAGUGGUUAUCUGAGUUACCGUAGACUUUGUCAGUUCGAACCAGUCUGGCCAUUCUCUGUUGACCUCUCUCAUCAACAAGGUGUUUCCAUCCGCAGAACUGCUGCUCACUGGAUGUUUUUUGUUUUUGGCACCAUUCGGAGUAAACUCUAGAGACUGUUGUGUGUGAAAAUCCCAGGAGAUCAGCAGUUACAGAAAUACUCAAACCAGCCCAUCUGGCACCAACAAUAAUGCCACAGUCCAAAUCACUGAGAUCACAUUUUUCCUUAUUCUAAUUGUUGAUGUGAACUUUAACUGAAGCUCCUGACCUGUAUCUGCAUGAUUUUAUGCACUGCAUUGCUGCCACACGAUUGGAUGAUUAGAUAAUCACAUGGAUGAUUGUUGGUGCCAGAUGGGCUGGUUUGAGUAUUUCUGUAACUGCUGAUCUCCUGGGAUUUUCACGCACAACAGUCUCUAGAAUUUACUCAGAAUAGUGCCAAAAACAAAAAACAUCCAGUGAGUGCUAGUUCUGUGGAUGGAAACACUUUGUUGAUGAGAGAGGUCAACAGAGAAUGGCCAGACUGGUUCGAACUGAUAAAGUCUACGGUAUUCUGAGAUGCGGGUUGGCGCUGUUUUGGCAGCAGAGGGGGAAUUACACAAUAUUAGGCAGGUGGUUUUAAUGUUGUGGCUGAUCAGUGUAUGAAUGUGGUUUAAAAGUGUAAUCCAAAUAUACGUAUGAAGUUAAUUUUGAAUUGAAAAUUGUCUAUUUAUUUAAACAACAAAAUAUUGUUUGUAUAAUUUAGAGCUACUACAUCAUAUACUGGUUAGUGACAUUUUUGAUAUCGUUCCACCAUAAUGUAAACAUCAGCAUUCAGAAGGAUUCAUAGGUUUAAGAUGUUCUUUCUCACCUGCUUUUAAAACAGUACUGGACAAAGGAAAGUUUACAAAUAAAAGAGUACAGUACACACAUGAUGUAGUGCAGUGAAUAAGUACAUGCACCUUCGGCUGCAUGAUCAUGAAAAAAAUCAUAAUUGUCGAUUAUAUCAUAGUCAGAACUGUGUUCCUGAAUGACUUUAUUGCUGUUUUAUACAUCAGUAAUCAAGACUAGUUCCCUAAACUGUCAACUUUACAUUUGCCCUCUCAGAAGCAUAAAAAACUAAGCUGUUAUUCAAAUUUGGAAUAAAUCAUACAGAGAAGUGAGCAAUGGACAUGUCUCUGAUUGGUUAAAAUGAUCAACCACUGCAAAAACACGUACAGGGAUGCAAACUCUUGAGGUGAGAAAGUUGUAGCAGAUGUUCUUGGAGUAAAUUUUCAGUUAACUUGUAUUUUCGGUUUGUUGUAUUGUGUAAAGUGUCCAAGCUUACCCCAUUUCAAAUGAUUUCAGAACAGAAAAUUGUACCAAAAAAAUUUGGGCAAAUUAUACAUUGUGUAACAAAUUUGUUCAUUUUUAUUUAUUUUUUUUGUUCCUGGGUAGUAAGUGUUAUUUCCUAAUUGCUUAUGCCUCAGAAGUAUAGAAAAUGGUUAUUAUUCCCCACAAACUUUGCUUUUGUGACCAGGACAGUGAUAUUUUGAAAUUUACCUAUUUCCAAUGAAAUGGGAAUAAUAGCCAUUUUCUAUACUUUUGAGGUAUAAGCAAUUAGGAAAUAACACUUACUACCCAGGAACGAAAAUUGUGUCACAUAGUGUUAUCUUAAAAAUGUGUCUUUGGCCGAUAAGGUUGUUGUUUGCAUCCCUGUACGUAAAAUAAAAAAUUAAAUGGAAAAUUUUGACACAACAGACCUACAUGGACUGCUAUAAUUGACACUUUUCACAAUUAGUUAAUUGUGGUAGCUGUAAUCGUAAUCUCGAUUAUUUAUUUGAUUAAUUGUGCAGCCCUACAUGCACCCAUAAAAUGUAAACGUCUAUAUGGAUGUUUAAAAAUGUUUUUAAGAAAAAAACUAAAUUUGAUGAUAUAUUGCUAGAGAUCUGAUAUUUUCUCUGUACUAUAAUGGUUUUGAAUCCCUUGCCAGACUCAACAAUCUUCUGAGAGCUCCUUUGAUCUGGGCAUGUUGGGGCCACAUGCCUCAAUUGCUAAAACCAAUUUUCCAAAAUACUUACUAAUAAUGUUCUAACCUUCUGGACCUGGUGCACCUGAUUCCAAGCUUGGUCAUUUGUUCCAGUAUUAUUGGUGGGGUGAACUUUUUCCAUACAAAGAAAUAGUGUUUCCUUAAAUGGUACAAAAGGGUUCACAUGUGCUUUUUUAGUUGUAUUUUUAAAGAAUUGAUUACCUUUCAACAGUUUUAUGGGACAGAUGAGAAAAUAUCUGUUUGAUGGCAUGUAUUUAGUCAUGCUAUUGUACAUUAUUUUUCAAUGCCUUGACAAUAAAUUUGAAACCUUAAUAAGUUAGUGAUCACUUUAGAGUUAUCAGGACUAGGAUUCCAGCUUUGAAUCACUUUCUUAAAAUGGACCGUAAACGGUUCAGUGCGUUAUGACAAAGCUGAACAUCUGUAUGAAGGUAGAAUUUGGGGGAAGCUCAUCUUUUUCAAAAUAAUAGUAGACUUUUUGGAAUCAGUAGCCUAAAUCCAUCUCAGGAAAUGCAAAACAGUUGUCUGCCUUGGACAGCAGGGAAGUCUACAUACAAAUACAGUUGUUUAAACAGAAAACAUUUUUGCAAACCAUACUUCAAGUUUGGAAUGAUGUGAAUGCAGAUUUUAUUUGUGCAUUAAAAUGGGGUUGCUUUUAAAGCUUUCUGCAUGGUACACAGUUGAGUCCAUUCAUGUAAACAGUAGAUGGGCAGCCUGGUGACACGGGAUCCAAAUGAUUCCACUACAUCCUCAUAUCUGUCAUUACUUAUACGUCUUCAUAUGCCAUAGUCCAUCAUUUAGAUAGUGAACAUUCUCGAUUCCAAUUCCCUUGUUUACUUUCUCU